AUGGCCUCCCGCAGCGCGGGCACCCUACUGACCGAGUUCAAUGCCACCUACGUGCCCCUCGGCCUCAUGCCCGGAGUGCCCGUCACCAAGAUGGGACUGGAGGUUGGAGGCGGGGGUGCGGGUAAAGCCCAGGACACCCGCAAGGGGUACCAAGGCCAUGUUCCCGGCGUGGCCUUCUCCUUUGGCUCCCCCUACGGCACCGCCACCCUCAAGUAUUUCCAGGACCACCGCCACGCAGCCCUGGAGAAGAGCCGUACUGUCUUCAGCAAAGGCGGCCACUUCCCCACCCUCUUCUCCUCAGACCCCAACCUCGUGCUGAGUAAGCGCUCCCACACCCGGGACCGCUGGCUGCACACCCCCAGCUACACCCGCUUCAACCUGGACAGUGGCCGCUCCGCCCACCUCACCGGCUUCUACCAGAUGGUGCAGCAGCAUAGGAAGUACUAUCUAGACAAGACGGGCAUGGUGCCCCAGGUGCCCUACUUCGUGCUGCCUGUGAAGGAGUGGGAACGAUACCCCCUCCCCACCGACCUUCCUCCUCUGAGCCCAGAGAAGAAGUGGCACCUUUUAAGAGUAUCUCCCGAGAACUUGAAGACCUACCAGAGGUUCCCCUCGGGGAAGAGGGUCACCCCCCACGAGCGGCAGAGGAGAGACUGCUACUUUGAGUUCAGAGCGUGAUGCUGGAGAGCCUGGCCCUGACCAGGUCGGCCUUUCGGAAUAAAA